AGUAUCAUCGGUCGUUUAACAGAAUGGGCCGAGCACAGCCCUUUCAUUACUGUAUUUUAAUUGCGUAUUUAUUGACACUAUUUUGCGGCAAAACAUCCCAGGAUACACGGAAUAAACGCCAAAUUCAACCUGAGCUUCCAAGGAUCUUGACACAGAAUGGACACCUUGUGUUCCAGACUGGAACCAACCAUAACAUCACAUUGCGGGCCACCAAUGGAGGCUAUAUCAACAUCAACGAUGACAAUUUAGCAGUUAUAACACAGACAGUGAAGGACAACAAGCUUGCUAUCGAGCAGUUGAAGAGUGGUUCUGGUCCAGGUUCCAGUGGAUCGACCAGUGUGGAGUCCAGACUGCAGAACCUCCAGAGUCAGCUGAGCAACCUGCAGCCCACAGGCCAGGUCCAAACCCAGCUACUACAGCUGAGCCAUAACAUAGAGCUGCUCAGAGUUACGUUGCCAACCAAUGUUGCUGCACGCCUGUCUCAGAUCGAGGCCACUCUGACCGGUCUGCAGUCCCCUGGGCAGAUCUCAUCCCUCAUUAGUGCUCUCACAGCACGAGUGGCAACUUUAGAAAGCCAGGGGAGUGAAUCCAGUAGCUCUUCAAGAAGGAUACAGCAACUUACUGGCCGGGUGAGACAGCUGAAAACACAAGUUGAGACCCUUCAGCAGCUUCUUACAACCAAUGAAUGUAACAGUAACCCAUGCACUAAUGGCGGAACAUGCGUGGACACGUACAAUGGAUACUUCUGUCGCUGUCCCUCUAACUUCCAGGGUCCUAACUGCAAUGAAGAUGUUAAUGAGUGUGUAACUUAUGCAGGCACUGACCUUGGAUGUCAAAAUGGAGCUACUUGUGUGAAUACAUUUGGAGGUUUCACGUGUCAAUGUACGGCAAACUAUUAUGGUAUACGGUGCACUGAGACCCAUGAUGACUGUACUGGCGCCUCAAACGCACAACUCUGUGGCCAUGGAACGUGUGUCAACCUCCAGCGAGUGCAACCUGGAACGCCAAAGUACACCUGUAUAUGUGAGGAUGGCUGGACAAAGGCCGGUUCUGACCCGGCCUGCACAGUGGAUGUGAAUGAGUGUGCUGGGAGCCGUUAUCCGUGUUCCUCAGACCCAUUGGUUCCCUGCAUUAACCUGCCUGGUUCCUUCAUGUGUGGACAGUGCCCCACAGGUUACCAAGGAAAUGGGUUCACUUGUAUGGAUGUGAACGAGUGUGAGGUGAACAAUGGUGGCUGUUCCCUGUCUCCCAUGGUGCAGUGUAUUAACACUGUGGGCUCGAGAUCCUGCGGUCCCUGUCCUUCAGGUUACCAAGGCAAUGGUCAGACAUGCACAUGGGUAGGGAUUUGCCAGAACAACAAUGGAGGUUGCCAUGCCCAGGCAGCAUGCACAGAAAGCCCAGGACUGGAAGGUCGCACAUGCACGUGUCCCCCGGGCUAUGUGGGUAACGGUGUGGGGUCAUCUGGGUGUGUGUCACAGGGGCCAGUCACAGGGCCAUGUGGGAGCAGCCCUUGCAGGAAUGGGGCCGCCUGUCAGAACAUGGGUGCCACCUUGUAUCGUUGCCUCUGCCAGCAGGGCUACACGGGUCAGACCUGUGAGACAGACAUCAACGAGUGUGGCUCCAGUCCGUGUCAGAACGGGGGCUCGUGUACUGACAGACUCAAUGGCUAUGUGUGCAGGUGCACAGAGGCCUACACAGGCAGCAACUGCGAAGUGCAGCAACAAGUGUGUGGUGGGCGCCUGAGUGGCGAGUCUGGAUCAUUCCGGUUCCCGACGGUGGCUGGUACCCAAUAUCCACAUGACGUUAGCUGUGCCUGGAUCAUCACAACAACAUAUAACAAGAUAAUCAAAGUUACAUUCCCCACCUUCAACAUUGAAGAGCACAAUUCAUGUAACUAUGAUCAUCUACAACUGAACGACGGCCCGAGUGCAGCUUCGCAUGUCUUGGGCAAAUUCUGUGGCUCUGUUGCUCCUAACAACGGCUAUCCAAUCAAUAGCACUCAGCAUCAGAUGUACGUCUGGUUCUAUUCUGACCAGUCACAGGCCAGUGAUGGAUUCUCCCUCCAGUGGACCUCUGCAGAUCCUGUGUGUGGAGGUGUCCUGUCUGGCAGUAACCAUGGCGACUUCUCCAGCCCCGGUUACCCUGGCAACUACCCACAUGACCGCGACUGCGUCUGGUUGGUCAGCGUUUCCCCUGGUAACCGCAUUAUCUUCUCAUUCGCCACCUUGCAGAUGGAAGUCCAUCCGAACUGCAGCUAUGACUACCUCGAGAUUCGAGAUGGUGGCCUGGAUACCAGCCCUCUGUUGCAGCGGUUCUGUAACACAACCACCCCUCCCCCUCUGUCCACCUCCGGUCCCAACGCCUGGGUGAAGUUCCACUCAGACAGCACCUACUCUGACAACGGCUUUCAUAUCACUUACCUCUCUCAACCUAUGGACGCAGGUUGCGGUGGCGCCUAUACCUCAGAAAGUGGCGUUCUCCAGUCACCCAACUACCCCAACGCUUACAACCACGAUGCCCAGUGUGUGUGGACGGUCACUGUGAACCAUGUGGACAGGAUAACACUGCGUUUCACCAAUCUGGAACUAGAGGGACAGAUCAACUGCCAGCAUGACUAUGUGGAGGUUCGAGCUGGCAAUACUGUGAGUGCCCCAUUGAUGGGUCGUUACUGUGGCAACAGCCUGCCUGCUCCCAUGACAACCUCAGGCAACAUGCUUUACGUGAAGUUUGUGUCAGAUUCUUCAGUGACCAGAGCUGGGUUCCGUGCAACCUGGGAUGUGUCAUGUGGAGGUCUAUUUACAUCGCCAACUGGCAUCCUCCGCUCUCCCAACUACCCCCUGAGUACCCUAGCAAUCCGGCAGUGUGAGUACCUGAUCAAUCUCCCAGAAGGCAACAGGAUAACCUUGACCUUCACUGCGUUUGACAUUGAGGAACCCAAUGGGGAGUCGUGCAACUUUGACUAUAUAGAGGUUCGGGAUGGUGGGACUGCAACCUCCCCCCUUCUGGGCACAUACUGUGGUUUGAGCAUUCCAAAUCCUGUGUCAACAACUUCAAACAUGCUGUAUGCAAAGUUCGUCACAGAUGGCUCAAACGAGAAUCUAGGCUUUGAGGCUCGCUAUGAGGCUCUGGAAGGCACGUGUGGUGGACAGCUUACAGCCAAUACAGGCUCUAUCCAGUCUCCUGGACAUCCAAACGUGUACCCACACGGUGUGAACUGCACAUGGAACAUCAUCGUUACGCCAGGGCUCGUGAUUCGUCUCACGUUUCACACAUUCAGUAUGGAGGACCAUGUCAACUGUCGCUAUGACGCAGUCACUGUGUAUGACAACAGCACGGCUGUAAAUUCCAGUCGUAUUGGACGGUACUGUGGCUCUAACAUCCCUCCUGUGAUCACGUCCACUAACAACGAGCUGACCGUGCUGUUUGAGUCUGACUCCAGUGUGUCUCACGAGGGGUUCGCAGCCUCCUAUGUGGGCCUCAACGCAUCAACAUUGUGCGGAAGUGACUUGUCAGAUGCAACUGGGGUCAUAACGAGCCCCAACUUCCCUGAUGGUUACCCACAUGAGCGUCAGUGCACAUGGACAAUCACUGCCCCUGAUGGAUACCAGAUAUUGCUCAAUGUCACGGACUUCAACCUGGAAAACCACCCGCUCUGCAACUUCGACUACCUUGAGAUCAGAAAUGGUGGGUUUCCCUCGUCGCCAUUGGUUGGCAAGUACUGUGGAACCACCAUUGACAGGAUUAUCGUUUCUCAUAGCAACAGGAUGUACAUCAAGCUGCGAACAGACAACUCCAGAUCUGCCCCUGGUUUCAGGAUUUUCUACGACUCGACUGCUACAGGCUGCGGUGCUGACCUGACUACACCAACGGGAAGUUUUAUAUCACCCAACUACCCCAACCCUUAUGGUCACAAUGCAGAGUGUAUCUUCACCAUCACUGUAUCCCGUGGCAGCACUAUCCUGCUGACCUUUGUUGACCUUGACCUUGAACUUCAUGCCAACUGUAGCUAUGACUAUGUGGAGGUUAGAGACUCCAAUGCACAUGGCCCGUUAUUGGGGAGGUUUUGUGGAAGAACUAUUCCAGAUAUGGUCACGUCCAAAGGCAACUCACUGUGGAUCUUGUACAACACAGACUACUCAGUGGGUGGGCGGGGAUUUUUGGCACACUAUGUCAGCUCAUGCUCAAACAACCAGACGGCAUAUAGCGGUGUAAUAGAAAGCCCAAAUUUCCCGAAUGCCUACCCUCACAACCGCAACUGCACGUGGAUAAUCAAUGCUGCGUUGGGAAACUCUGUGAACAUCUCGUUCUCACACUUUGACGUGGAGACCCACCGCAACUGCACGUAUGACUAUCUGAAGAUAAAUGACGGAAAUCUGCCGACUUCACCAACACUGGGAAGAUUUUGUGGGACUAACAUCCCCCCACCAGUGGCUUCCACGCAGGACAAGGUGUGGAUCAACUUUAAGUCUGAUUAUUCUAUGGCCAGAAAUGGAUUUAGGCUGGAGUAUGUUACUAAUGGUUGUGGCGGAUACUUCCGAACUCCAACAGGAUAUUUUACGAGCCCAAACUUCCCCAACCCAUACCCACACAUGCGUCAGUGUGAGUGGACGAUCGUUGCAGACACAGACUCGUUUGUUCAGCUCACCAUCCACACGUUUGAUCUAGAGUCUCACAGUUCAUGUAGAUAUGAUGUGUUGGAGGUCUACGGCGGUCCAGAUGACUCGUCCCCACAGCUUGCUAAACUGUGCCACAAGCAGAGCACUGCCCAGACACUGGCCUCCACGGGUAACGUGAUGUUUGUGAGGUUCAAGAGUGACGUGUCCCGCAGUGGCAAUGGUUUCAACGCUUCCUAUAAGGCCAACACAGGAGGUUGCGGUGGGAACCAUUCCAUGAAGAGUGGGUCCAUAGUUUCCAAGAACUAUCCGGGCCCAUAUCCGCCCAACACAGACUGUGAGUGGUUGAUUACGGUGGAGGACAGACACGUGGUGGAACUCACAUUCGCUGACUUUGAUGUUGAGACCGCGGAAAAUUGCACUUUUGAUUAUGUGGCGGUGUAUGAUGGAACAUCAACUGCUGCACCGGAACUCCUGAGGCAUUGUGGAAACUCAUUACCACUUCCUUCCAAGUAUCGUUCCCAUGGCAACAGCAUGUACAUAAGAAUGAGGACAGACGGUACUAUCAGUCACAGGGGAUUUAAGGCAGAUUAUGUGACAGGUUGUGGAGGUACAAAAUCAGAGACUCCUGACGGUGUUUUGGAGGGUGACCUAGUUUCCCCUGGUUACCCAGGCAACUAUCCAAGGUCCUCCAACUGCUCUUGGCUCAUCCAGGCUGCUGAUUCAACUGAUCGAGUGACUUUGACCUUCACCCACAUGGACACUGAGAAUUCCAGGAACUGUUCGUCGGACUACGUCCUUGUGCGAGAUGGUAUUGACGAAGGGGCCCGUGUGAUUGGUCAAUACUGUGGGAGGACAACACCCCCAGCAAUCACAUCCCAGGGUUCAGCAUUGUUCGUGACCUUUGUGUCAGACUAUUCCAAUGAAAACUCUGGCUUUAGGGCCACUUACACAAAGUCUACCUCAGCCUGUGGGGGUGACUUUACGUCCCAGAGUGGUUCAUUUGUAAGCCCUGGAUAUCCCAACAGCUACCCCUCAAACACAGAGUGCGUGUGGACUGUUGCUGUAUCCCCGGGCAACCGAGUGCAGCUUGCCUUCAGUGUAUUCAACAUGGAAGAUCAUGAGUUUUGCAACCUUGAUUAUGUGGAGAUCCAUGAAGGUCAGCUAGGUGGCCCGCUGCUAGGCCGGUUUUGCGGCGAAAAUCGGCCCACUAAUUUGACAGCAUACAACGGUCUGUGGAUCAAGUUUCGCUCAGACGAAUCUGCUAGUGCCCUGGGAUUUGUUGCCCAGUUUUCUUCAGUGUAUGGCGGGGAGAUUACAGGCACAUCGGGCCAACUGGCAUCCCCCAAUUACCCAUACACAUACCCACACAGGGCCCACUACAUGUGGACAGUGACUGUGCCCAUAGGCAUGCAGAUACUGGUCAGCUUUGUUGCCAUAGAUAUGGAGAGCUUCAGGGGAUGUCUCUUUGACUUUGUCAAGCUACGCAAUGGAGGCACCAUAAAUAGUCCACUGCUAGGAGCCUACUGUGGUACCACAAUACCCCCUGUUGUCCUGACAACCACUAACCAACUCCAUGUGGAAUUCCAAUCUGAUUGGUCAAGCUCUGGCAGUGGCUUCCUUUUUGAUUGGACAGCUACAACAGACAUGCCCACUACUACUUUGCCACCCACUGCUGGCACCACUCCAGUUCCAGGAUGUGGAGGAACUCUGAAUGUGACGGAGGCCACUCAGUCCCUGAGCUCGCCUGGCUGGCCGUAUGGUUACCUGAACAACCUGAGGUGCACUUGGUCGCUGGUAGCACCUGUAGGCUCUAGGGUGUGGAUGAACAUCACGGACAUGGAUAUUGAAAGCAGCCCAACGUGUGCCUUUGACAACAUUACCAUCAACAGAUAUGGUUUUAGAGAAUUUAGAGGGAUACUACCCGCUUUUUGUGGCAGGACUAGAAACACUGAACCUAUAGUAUCUGUUAGCAACUUGGCACAAGUAUCCUUCAAAACAGAUGGCUCUUUCAAUCGCACUGGUUUCAUUAUGGAUUACAAAUUGAUCUGUGGAGGUAGUAUUGUUGCGGACUCAGGGAAUGUUGCGUCACCGCACUUUCCUGGCAAUUACCCACCUAACUCCAACUGCUCUUGGCGCCUAACAGUGCCUGCUGGGAGAACUGUGCGAGUGACCUUUAACCCUAACUUCAACAUCCAAGGCAACCCAGGGUCAUGUGCAGGGGACUAUGUUCAGCUGUUGAAUGGAGGUAGUGCCACUUCACCUCCCCUGGGUAAUUCCAGUGGGAAAUACUGUGGCACGUCCGCCCCAGCAAUCAUGGAAACGAGCAGCAACAACCUGUUUGUUAACUUCAUCUCGGACGGAUCUGGAAGUGGUGUUGGAUUCUCGCUUGCAUUCAACGAGGUUCACGUGACAUGUGGUGGGCAGCUAUCGCUUUCCGCAACCAGGACCAGCGGGAUGUUUACGUCUCCGAACUACCCACUGUUGUAUCCGCAAAAUGUCGACUGCAUUUGGGUGAUCUCGGCCCCUGCAAAUGAACGUAUACAGAUGGACUUCAUUGAGGAUUUCAGCAUAGAAACACACAGAGAUUGCAGGUAUGAUUUUAUCGAGCUGCGCGAUGGAGGAACUGUCAAUUCUGCACUCCUGGGUAGUUUCUGUGGGAACAGCCUUCCCAGCACUGUCCUCUCCACGGGUAACGUGAUGUACGCUAGGUUCCGAACCGACAACAGCAUCGCCAGGAAAGGAUUUAAGGCUCAAUACAAAAUUGCAACAUGUGGUGGAAGCUACUCUGGCUCUUCUGGUGUUAUAACCAGUCCCAAUUACCCGGCCAACUACGAAAGCAACCUGGACUGUGUCUGGAUCAUACGGGGUCCCACUGGGCACUCACUGACCUUCACCUUUGAGGCCUUUGCCCUGGAGGCGUCUCAAAACUGCACCAGCGAUGACUACCUGGAAAUACGAGAAGUCAACUCUACCGGUCCAGUCCUUAUCCUGGCGUGUGGUUUCAGUAUACCCCAGCCGGUGUUCACCUCUGAUAACUUUGCAUACGUCCGCUUUGUAUCCAGUGGGACUGUCCAGUAUCCUGGCUUCAGAAUGAAAUUUGAGGCCAGCGUUGAAGAGUGUGGUGGAGAUCUGAUGUUGCCCUCUGGUUCCUUCCAAUCCCCGAACUUCCCAGGCAACUACCCACACUCAAGAUUGUGUGAAUGGAAGAUAAGCGUGCAGAUGGGUCGGCGUGUAGCGAUAACCUUCAAUCCCUUCAAUAUUGAGGACCACAGUCGAUGUAGUUAUGAUUAUGUGGCUAUUUAUAAUGGAAUCUACCCAGAUUCCCCUCUUAUUAAUCGUUUUUGUGGUGGAAGCCCACCUGAUGUUGUGAAAACAUCAGGGAACACAGCUCGGGUCCAGUUCCGUACUGAUGGGUCGAACUCAAAUAGAGGCUUCCAAGCUUUCUACUCCUCCCUUGAAGAAGCAGAGUGUGGUGGUUUAAUCACUACAAGUUCUGGUAACAUCACUUCGUCGGGAUACGGCUUUGGUAACUAUAGCAAUCGUUUGGACUGCCAGUGGGUACUGCGAAAUGAACAGUCUGCAGAGAACACAUCAAUUUUUAUUCGAAUAGCGGACAUUGGUCUGGAACGUCACACGUAUUGCCAAUAUGAUUAUCUUCAAGCAAGAGAAGGGGACUCGAUAGAUGGUGUUCUAUUGGACCAAUACUGCGGCAACGACUCAGAGAUUCACGGACCAAUCAUCUCCCCUAUGCCAGCUGUCUGGUUAAGAUUCAAGACAGAUGCUUCAAUUGUUGAUAAAGGAUUCUUGCUGACAUACAACUUCACACAGUGCGGUGGGGUCCUGACAGACCCGUAUGGCAUCAUCACUAGCCCCAACUACCCGCAGGAUUACGACCACGAUGAUGCUUGUGCCUGGGUGAUCAACGCACCAGAGGGCAGCAGGAUCAAUGUUGAGUUGACUGACUUUGCUAUGGAGACACAUCCCCAGUGCCUCUUUGACUACCUGGAGCUCUUCAAUGGGCCAUACGCCUCAUCUCCGUCAAUUGGCAAGUUCUGUGGCACAGUGCCACCUAGGGGGUUCAAGUCCCAGUCUAACUCCGUCCGUAUUGUGUUCUUCACAGACUUCAGCAUGAGUGCUAGGGGAUUCAGACUGACAUACUCAUUCUCAACACAAGGCUGUGGUGGGCUACUACACACCUCCACUGGCAAUCUGUCCACACCGAACUACCCGUCCAGCUAUCCACACAACACAGAGUGUGUCUGGGACCUCAAUGUUGACCCAGGAUAUAUUCUGACCUUGACCUUCAAUCCGCCCUUUGAUAUGGAACACCAAGGCGAUUGUGAUUAUGAUUAUGUGGAGGUGAGUGAUGUCAUAAGCAACGGCUCAGAGGUGGUGUUGGGUCGCUGGUGCUCCAACCUUCUACCACCGCCCCAGGUAUCCUCUGGGCCGAGACUCAUGGUGAGGUUCAGGUCAGAUACCUCCACCAAUGGCAAUGGCUUCUCUGCAUCAUGGAAAUCUAUGUGCGGGGGCCGCCUUUCCAUGCAAUCAAGCUUUCUGACAUCGCCCGGGUUUCCACGACCAUACCCGAACAAUCUCCGCUGUAAUUACACCCUUGACAUGGACCCUCAGCGUUAUACCUUCAUAAACUUUGAUGCCAAUAACUUUGAUAUUGAAGCUGGAGGUCGGCUAGGCUGUAUAUAUGACUUUAUAGCUGUAUAUGAAGGGAACAGCUCCAAUGGUCGUAUGCUGGGCAAGUUCUGUGGGUCUACAGCCCCCCAGCCGGUCAGUGCCCUGGGCCCCAUGUAUGUCCAGUUCUGGACUGACCGCAGCAGGGCUGGACGCGGUUUUAGAGCCCAAUAUCAUUCGAGUGAGUGCGGAGGCGUGUUAACUGAACCCGCUGGUGUAGUACGAACCCCGACAGGGCCCGCCAACUACCACAAUGAGAUGAACUGUACCUGGUUUAUCACCGUGCAGGCAGACAGGGUCAUCCAAUUCAGGUUUAGAGAAUUGGAUCUAGAGGCCCAUUCCAGUUGCGACUAUGACUACGUUGAUGUAUUUGACGGACCAAACAUUUACUCACCUCUUAUUGGUCGAUACUGUGGUAAUGUCAUACCUACGGAUUUGAUAGGGUCGACCUCCAAUGCAAUGACUCUUAACUUUGUGUCGGACACUUCCUGGACUGGGAAAGGAUUUGCUGGGGUCUACAGGAUGACUUUUGGCUCAGAUCAGGGGUGUGGGGGGCUGCUCAAUGCCACCAGGGGUCAGCUGGGGUCAGUGGACGGGAAUGGGGACGGCCUGUAUGAGGCUUUUCUGGACUGUAGAUGGCUUAUAAUGGGAGCCAACAACAAGGUCAUCAGGCUCAACAUCAUGCCGGGAUUCAACCUGGAGAAUCAUACCGACUGCGUCUAUGACUACCUGAAGAUUUAUGAUGGUAUGACAAUUGAUGACCCCCUGAUUGGCACAUACUGUGGGCUGUCAUACCCCUCUGAGAUUGUGUCCACGUCCAAUGUCCUGUUGGUGCAGUUCUACUCUGAUGGCAGCAUGGAAGGACCUGGUUUUAACGCUACAUACACGCAACAAGAUGCCCUGUGUGGGGGAGCAUUUACCUCGUCAUCUGUGCCACAAGUCAUCACUUCACCAGGCUUUCCCUCGGCUUUCCGUCGUGAUGUACGGUGCCGCUGGACUAUUGAUGCUCCCAUGGCAACGGACCAGGUCGAGGUGAUGGUCACAGCCUUGAACUUGCAGUCUUCGUCAGCCUGUGAUACGGAGUACUUGGAACUGAGGGAUUAUCCUCUGGGUUUACAAGGUCGUUCAGUACAUACAUGUGGAGUAACCCCACCGCCGGUGUUUGACUCUGUUGGACGGACCAUUCAGAUCAACUAUGCUGCUACUGCUGGCUCUAGCAAAGGAUUCUCACUAACCUACGCAACAGCUAAUUGUAACCGGACAUAUGGAGGCAACUCAGGACAGAUCUUCAGCCCGGGCUGGCCAGGUCGCUACCCAAUCAACGCCAACUGCAGUUUCAACCUGACGACCCCUGCAGGCACGAUGAUUUCCCUUUACUUUAACGCUUUCCAGUUGGAACCUCAUCGCAGCUGUGAAUACGAUUACCUUGAGAUUGUGAACAGCACCGAUACCUCUGUGUACGCUAAGCUGUGUGGUUGGUCCUUACCAGACCCAGUGUUUGUGCCCAGUAAUAUUGUCAGGUUCCGCUUUGUGACCGACAGCUCUGUGACCCAUCCAGGAUAUGACAUCACCUACACUGCUACUUCACAAGGACUUGGAUGUGGUGGUAACAUCACAGGUAUCAACGGCAGUUUUACCAGCCCUGGUUACCCAGGCAACUACUCUGAGGCCAGCACCUGCACGUGGCUUGUGCGUGUGCCUGCACGCAGGGUGAUUGUGUUCACCUUCACUGACAUGCGCAUGCUUGACACGGUUAAUUGCGCCACAGACUAUGUGAUCGUGUUUGAUGGGGACAGUGACACUGCCGACCAGUUUGGAAGGUUCUGUGGUGAUGAAGUUCCUGUUGCUAUGACUACCAGGACCAACGCGGCAUUUGUGAAGUAUGUGUCCAAUGGACAGAGGGCAGCUCUAGCCUUCCGAGCAAGGUUUACGAGUUGAAUGUCUCAGUGCACUGUACAUAGCAAGCCAGCGUGGCUUAUUCACAUUUCAACAGAAUUAAAAGGGAUGUAACACUAUCAACACAUUACAACAAAGUUAAAAAGGAUGUAUCACUAUCAAAUAUACAUGUAGCAUGUUCUCAAACUAGUAAGAACCUCAUGAAUAUUUCUAAGUGAUACUUUUAGUUCACCUGAGCACAACAUGCUAAUGGUGAGCUUUUGCGAUCGCCUUUUGUCUGUGGUCCCUCAUGCGUCAACAUUUGCCUUGUAAAUACUCAACGUUUAUUGACCGAUCUUCAUGAAACUUGGUCAGAAGAUUUGUUCCAAUGAUAUCUUGGACGAGUUGGAAAAUGCUUCAUGUUGAUUGAAAAACAUGGCCGCCAGGGGGCAGGGCAUUUUUCCUGAUAUGGCUAUAGAAAAAUAUUGUGAACACUCUAGAUGUCACAUUUAUUGUCUGACCUUCAUGAAACUUAGUCAGAAGAUUUUUCCCAAUGAUAUCUUGUUCUUAAAAGGUUCCACUAGGUUGAAAAAAAAAUGGCCAUCAGGCAUUUUUUCUUAUAUGGCUUUAGUAAAACAUUUUUAACACUCUAGAAGUCAAAUUUAUCGUCCAAUCUUCAUGUUCUAAUGAUAAAUUGGAUGUGUUCGAAAAUGGUUUUGGUUUGUUGAAAAACAUGGCCACUAGGGGGUGGGGCAUUUUUUCUAAUAUGGCUGCGGUAAAAUUUUGUUUACACUCUUAAAGUCACAUUUAUUGUCCAAUCUUUAUGGAACUCUGUCAGAACAUUUGUUCUAAUGAUAUCUUUAUUAAUUCAAAAAUGUUUUGGUCUGUUGAAAAACAUGGCUGCCAGGGGACGGGACAUUUUUUUCCUUAUAUGGCUAUAGUUAAACCUUGUUUACUCUCUAUAAGUCACAUUUAUGGUCAAAAUAGGGGCGCCAGGGUGCAGGGCCUUUUUCCUUAUAUGGCUAUAGAAAAGCCUUAUAAGCACUCGAAUAGUCACAUUUUUAUUGUCCCCUAACGGUUUCACCGGAGGGGACUUAUUGUUUGCGCUCUGUCUGUCAGUCUGUCAGUCAGUCAGUCAGUUUCUGCAUCAUGCGAUAACUUUAAAAGUUCUUCAUAUUUUUUUCAUGAAACUUGAAACAUGGAUAGAUGGCAAUAUGGACAUUAUGCACGUCAUUUCAGUUUGUUCCUACGUCAAAAAUUCUGGUUGCUAUGGCAACAAAUAGAAUAGAAUUACUGCUGAAAAUGGUGGUUUCUGGGUCCUGUGAUAACUUUAAAAGUUCUUUUUUUUUUUUCAUGAAACUUGAAACAUGGAUAGAUGGCAAUAUGGACAUUAUGCACAUCAUGUCAUUUUGUUCCUUCAUCAAAAAUUCUGGAUGCUAUGGCAACAAAUAGAAUAGAAUAACUGCUGAAAAUGGUGGUUUUCUGGGUCCUGCGAUAACUUUAAAUAUUUUUUCAUGAAACUUGAAACAUGAAUAGAUGGCAAUAUGGACAUUAUGCACAUCAUUUCAUUUUGUUCCUACGUCAAAAAUUCUGGUUGCUAUUUCAACAACAAAAAUUCUGACAAUGGUGGAAUUUCUGACAAUGGUGGAGCCGGUAGGGGACUAUAUUGUUCGGCAAUAGUCUUGUUAUUCAUGAAACUUGGUCAGAUAUUUUUCCUUAUAUGGUUAUAGUAAAACCUUAUGAAAACUCUUGAAGUCAUAUUUAUUGUCCAAUCUUUAUGAAACUUUGUCAGAACAUUGGUUCUUAUGGUAACAGGGCUAAGUUGAAAAAUAGUUCCUGUCUGUUGAAAAUAUGGCCGACAGGGGGAUGGACAUUUUCCUUAAAAAGCUAUAGUAAAACUUUCUUAACUCUCUUGUUGAUAUUUUGGCCAAGUUUGAAAAUGGUUUCAGAAACAUAUAAAAAAUUGCUGAGAGCAGUUCAGUUCCUGGAGUCGCAGGUGAGUGACUGUGUGCCUCUGGCCCUCUAGUUUUGUAUGUGAAUGUGAUCUGAAUUCACCAAAGAAAGUACUCGUUAUCCUAUCAUCAUGCCUUUUUUAGCUCACCUGAGCACAACGUGCUCAUGGUGAGCUUUUGUGAUCGCCUUUUGUCCUUUGUCAGUCAUCCCUCGUGCGCCGUCCGUCGUCAACAUUUUGCCUUGUGAACACUCUAGAGAACACAUUUAUUGUCCGAUCUUCAUGAAACUUGGUCAGAAAAUUUCUUUCAUUGAUACUUCGACUGAGUUCGACUGGGUCAAAAACUAGGUCACUAGGUCAAAAAUUAGAAAAACCUUGUGAACACUGUAGAAGUCACAUUUGAUGCCAAAUCUUCAUGUAACUUUGUCAAAAUGUUUGUCUAAAUGAUAUGUUGGUUGAGUUCAAAAAUGAUUCCGUUCCGUUGAAAAACAUGGCCACCAGGGGGCAGGGCAGUAUUCCUUAUAUGGCUAUAGAGAAACCUUGUGAACACUCCAGAAGUCACAAUUUUUGCCCAAUCAUCAUGAAACUUGGUUACGUUUGCUUGAAAAACAUGGCUGCCAAGGGAAGGGGCAUUUUUCCUGUAUAUGGCUAUAGUAAAAUCUUGUUAACACUAUAGAGACCACAAUUAUUGUCUAAUCAUCAUGAAACAUCAUCGUGAAACUUGGUCAAAAGAUUUGUCCACAUGAUAUCUUGGAUGGGUUCGAAAAUGGUUUUGGUUGCUUUAAAAACAUGGCCACCAGGGGCGAGGCAUUUUCCCUUAACUCCCUAUAUAUGGCUUUAGUAAAACCUUGAAAACACUCUAGAGGCCACAUUUAUUGUCCAAUCUAAAUGAAAUUUGGUCAGAAGAUUGGUCUCAAUGAUAUCUUGGAUGAGUUCGAAAAUAAUUGUUUGCUUGAAAAACAUGGCUUCCAAGGGGCAGCGCAUUUUUCCUUAUAUGGCUAUAGUCAAAUCUUGUUAACACUCUAGAGGCCACAUUUACUGUCCGAUCUUCAUGAAACUUGGUCAGAAGAUUCAUCCCGAUAAUAUCUUGGAAGCGUUAAAAAAUGAUGCCGGUUGAUUGAAAAACAUGGAUGCCAGGGGGCAGGGCAUUUUUCCUUAUUUGGCUAUAGUAAAACCUUGUUAACACUCUAGAGGCCACAUGUAUUUUCCGAUCUUCAUGAAACUUUGUCAGAAGAUUUGUCCCAAUAAUAUCUUGUUAUCUCAGGUGAGCGACUUUGGGCCUUUCAGGCCCUCUUGUUAUUUGUUGUCCACUCAAACCUUCACCACUUAUCAAGGUUUUUGUUUUUUAAGUCAAGCUUAAUAAAUGUUUCUGUGUACAACACCUACUUAGUAUACUCUAUAUAUAGUGUUUAUUAUUUGUAUUAUAUUUUGUUAUUUGUUAAAAACUUUUCAAAUAACGAUUUAUAUGUAAUAUACAGUCAAUAUAUAUUUUUAGUUGUUAUGCAUUACUUUAGCUAAUUUAUGAGUUUUAAUAGUAUACUAAAUGUAAGGUUAAUUUAUAUUUUAUGGUUGUUAUGCUAUAUUUUAGUACAUUUUAUUAGUUGUGAUACUAAAGCCGAGUUAUUGUGAUACAUGCCUGACACACCAUUUUAUUGAAUCUACCGGUAAUUCUAAUACGUACCAUCCCAGUAUAUUUAUUUUAUAUGAUAAUCAGUAAUUCAACAUUUUAAAACGCUUCUAUUGAGCGAGCCAAUCUUGUUCAAUUAAAAUACUAACGUUUCUUCUCCAUCAAUAGUUGUUUAGAGAAUUACAUUGUUUACUAGAAUGUUUUAAAAUCCAAAGGUUAAUAGUAGUCAAAAACUGCCGACAUUUAAUGAAACUGGUAAUUGCAAUCUCUUUAGAAGAAAACGUUAAGAGUUUGACUCUUGUACUGUAGUUAAAAGUGUUGAAUCCAUUAAAACAAUUAUGUUCUGUUUUACUCCAUUUUGGCAAUUAAUUCUAAAUGCUGUCUAUUACUUCAUUUGUCAGGCCCGUCGUCAGCAUUUUUAGAGUGGUGUGGCGAAAUUAAGGUAAAUAAUUAGUGUAAAUAAGAAUAGAACAAUAGCUGUUUCUGUCAAAGUACAAUUUCAUAGUGGAAAGUAUGUGGCUAAAGGAUAUCUUUUUAAAAUGAACAAAACAGACGCUAAUUUAAAAAGACCACAUAUAACAUAUUCAAAGUAUGUGAUAUUCAAAGACAGGUGCUUCAAAAUGCAUAACCACACAUUUUGAUCUUAAAAAAGCCCACAAUAGCCUUUUGCGGCAUCGGGAAGAAUUUGUCUCUUAUGAAAAAACCACUAGCUGUAGCAAGCACAUAUGCUAUUUUAGCUUUACAACACUCAUUAGUCUCGCCAUAUUCACAUGUAACCAUCCUUUAUGUGAUUUAUCUAUGUGCCAUAUGAGCAGUCGUGUCUGUUUGUAAAUAUGCUUUAUUGUAGAACAUCGGGAUAAUCGGAUAAAGCCUCCAAAUUAAACCGGAGUAUACUAAAACAUUCCAGAUAUUAUAUGUAUAUGUGUUUGCCAAUUAUUAUAAAUAUGAUAUAUUGUAAUACACGACUGUAUUUUCUGAUA